AUGAGCAAUGAUUAUAAUUAUAUGUUUAAGUACAUCGUAGUUGGUGAUACAAGUAAAUGAAUGAAUAUUUACUAUGAAAGAUGUUGGAAAAUCUUGUUUAUUGUUACAAUUUACAGAAAAUAAAUUUUGUGAUCAUACAGAAAGCACUGUUGGAGUAGAGUUUGGCUAUAAAACAAUAAAAUUAUAUGAUUAAUUGAUAAAGCUAUAGAUUUGGGACACUGUAAAAAUAUUAUUCAUAUUUAUAUAGGCAGGUUAAGAUUCAUUCAAAUCAAUUACAAGAUCUUAUUAUAGAGGUGCUAUUGGAGGAUUAUUAGUGUUUGAUUUUAGUAGAAGAUCAACAUUUGAAGAUAUAAAGAAAUGGUUAAAAGAAAUUAAGACUUUUUCUUGUGAUAAAAUUGAAUUAGUACUCGUUGGCAAUAAAUCAGAUUUAUAGUAAAAAGAUGUAACAAUUCAAGAAGUUGAAGAAUAUGCAUAAUAAGAAAAAUUAGAUUUUUAUGAGACUUCAGCUAAAACAGGUAAAAAUGUUGAUGUUGUCUUUGAAAGUGUAGCUAAUAAAAUUUUAAGAAAAAUCGAAACAAAAUAAAUUAAUUUAGAUGAUCAAGUAUAAAUAGUUUAAUUAAAAUAGAUGUUAGGAAUUAAGGUUAAUUUUAAUGGAAAAGCCAAAAAAAAAAGUAAAUCUUAAAAUAACCUAUCUCCUUAUUAUAAUAUAACAUUAAAUGGAAAAUAAAAUGAAAAAGAGAAAAAUGAAAAAAAUAGUUGUUGUUGA